ACAAAGAUAGAGAUUUUACCUUUCAGUUUCACUUUCACAUCAGUGGCAGAAGAACAGAGCAAGAGCUGCAGAGUGAAACGAUGCCGUGCCUCAACCUCUCCACCAACGUCAACCUCGACGGCGUCGAUACCUCUUCCAUUCUCUCCGAGGCCACCUCAACCGUCGCAAGUAUCAUUGGCAAACCCGAAGCCUAUGUGAUGAUUGUAUUGAAAGGAUCAGUACCUAUAUCUUUCGGUGGAAAUGAGCAGCCAGCGGCUUAUGGUGAAUUGGUGUCCAUUGGUGGUCUGAACCCUGAUGUCAACAAGAAACUCAGUGCCGCCAUUGCUACAAUUCUUGAAACCAAAUUGUCUGUUCCAAAGUCGCGAUACUUCUUGAAGUUUUACGACACUAAGGCCCAUCAGAGUCAAGAAUAUGCACAAUGUUUGCAUGCUUUACACCAGCACUAGGCCAUGGUUCCAACCUUGGAUGGAAUGGAUCUACAUUCUGAUUCCGAGUUAUUGCGGUAAAGAUGCCAUGGAUGUCUGAUGAACACGUUAUUCUGUUUCAGAACUUUUUUCUCUCUAUAUACAAGUACUCUGAAUUUCAUACAACCCCGUUGUUGACAUGGUGUUAUCGUAAUAUUUAAUGAUGUUAUCUUCGACAAACAUUA